AUGGAGGGCGUCGGGCUUUGGAGCAGUCGUUUAGCCAAGGGGUACCUGAAGCUGAUCCACCUGGUGUUCGUGAUGGACUUGGAGUACCUCAGGGGCAUCGGGCUGUUGGUCAGCAGUACAAUGCUGGCGUACCUGAAGCUGAUCCACCUUGUGUUCGUGAUGGACUCGGAGUACCUCAGGGGCAUCGGGCCGUUGGUCAGCAGUACAAUGCUGGAGUACCUGGAGCAGAUCCAACUGGUGUUCGUGAUGGACUUGGAGUACCUCAGGGUAUGCCUGGAGCAGAUCCAACUGGUGUUCGAGAAGGACUUGGAGUACCUCAGGGGCAUCGGGCCUUUGAUCAGGGCUAUAGAGUACCCGAAGCAGAUCCAGCCGGUGUUCGAGAAGGACUUGGAGUACCUCAGGGGCAUCGGGCUUAUGAUCAGAGCGGACUUGGAGUACCUCAGGGGCAUCGGGCUAGCGAUCAAGGACUUGGAGUACCUCAGGGGCAUCAGUCGUAUUUUUCGCAUGAUUCCAAGGUGUUGGGUGGUUCCCCUCAAGCACGGCGUGAAGGACUUCAAGUGUGGAUCGGAAGUCGUCGCCGUUGGCAAGAAUGCCCUAUGGCGAAUCGUCGUCUACCACAAGACUUGGUGGAGGCAGGCGCUUUUCCUUCCGAGGACCUAUGGCGACUACGGUUUUGAAAGACCGCCUGGUUUGGAAGCAAGGACAGAUGGACCCAUGCCUGAGAUGCCACGAGAUCCUGCUCCCGUCGGUGAUGAUGGAGGCCGCCAAGGGCCAGGCGUGCCCGCGGGUGGCUCUACUGGGCCUUCUGCAAUGGACGUGUUGAUCACAGGGAUGGGCCAGCUUCAACAAGUUCUUUUGAGACAAAAGAAUGACAUCGUCGAUCUGGAACCGAAGGCGGUUUCAGAGCUGGUGAAGCUGCCGGAGUACACGGCAGAAACAGGGGCCAUUGACUUUCAGGAUUACCUGUACCUGGCCGAACAGCAGAUUGGGACGUUGGCCUCAGGAGCGGGAGAUUGGUGGUCCCGCACUUUGAGCGUGGCCCAGCAGGCGUAUGCCGAGUACCAGACGCUUUCUCCAGUGCGGCGGUUGAACGUUGUUCCGCACCUUACUGAGGACCUACGAGACGACAGAUACAAGAAGCUGGAGCGGAAAGUCGCAGCCUUGGUUUUGGCCUCGCUUCCCAAGGGUGUCAGGGAUGACUUGGUGGCCUACAGAGUUCAAGGAGUGCACCAUAUACUGUAUAGGCUUAUGGUUAUCUUCCAGCCGGGAGGUGCGCAGGACAGAGCUCAGUUGUUGAAGCAGCUGGACGUGACCGAGUCUGCGCAAGGCCCGGCCGAGGCAACUACAGCGCUGAGGAGAUGGUACCGUCUUCUUCAACGAGCCUCGGACUUAGGCGUGAAGCUGCCGGACGAGUCUUUGCAGGUGAGAGCUUUGUCAGUUAUCGUCAAGAAGACCUCGGAGCAGAACGCGGACUUCAAGUUCCGGCUGGCUUUGGCGAGGACAGAGUUGCAGAUAGACACUCGUCCUACUCAAGAAAACGUUCUACGUUAUCUUCAACACCUGCUGGCUGAGCUGGAGCAGCUGGGCGCGGUUACCCGAAGGGCAAGUUCGGCCACAGCAGCGGCUUCAUCUACUACAACCCCGGGCGCGGGGACAGCAACGACGACCACAACAGGAGGGGCCUCGUUGAAGGGUUUAGCUCCAGUGCCGGAUGCCAAGGCCAAGGCGAAGGCUAUCCCUGCCAAGAAGGUGUGCUCUUGGUUUGGGACAGACAGCGGCUGCAGGAAUGGCAAGGCAUGCAACUUCCAACACCAGUGGGCUGGACUCAACCGUGGUGAAAGGUGUCUUCUCUGUGGUUCCAAGCAGCAUAGGGCUAAGGAGUGCCCGACGGCAACCCCGACCCCUACUACCGAGAAGCCUCAGUCGCCGACCAGGGCAGCGAAGCUUCAAUCGAGUUCCUCGGCUACGACGUCUACCCAGCCUCAGGUCGUGGACCAAGGAAGCAGCCAGGGGGAGGGAUCAUCUACAGGAGCAUCGGGGGCAGCCGCGCCGGCUGUUAGCGGCGCUCACAACAAGAUCGACGCUGCCAAGGUGACGGAAAUUCUGAGCGAGACCAACAAGAUGUUGAAGGCCUUGGCUACACCACAACAACCGCCUAAGGCCGCGGCACCGGCACCUUUGGACCCGAUCGAGAUGAUCCAGAAGCAGCUUGAUGAAGUAAGAAGGCUAAGAACCUUGGUGGUUCGCGCGCCAGAUGAGCCGACCCCGGCUUUCUCGAGUGCAGUGUCCUGGUAUGAGACCAGGCUACAGGCGACUGCCAUUGCCCAGACUGGGGGCGAGGAGGAGGACGAAGCUUUGCUAGACAGCGGCGCGAGUCAUGCUUUUCGCCCGCCGGUUUCCCAGGAGGAGCUCUUGGAGUCGAGAAGGGUUGGGGUUUCUCUGGCUACCGGAGAGGAACGCCGCCUCCCACAGAAUCCUGGAGGGACCUUGCUCAGUGAGGAUGGGCGAGAUGCUACGAUCCUUCCGAUGGGCCAAUUGGUUACGUUGCUGGGCUGUCGGGUCAGUUGGACCCCCAGCAAGCUUACGGUGGUUCACCCUGUGCAUGGGAAGCUACAAGUUCGUCUCCGAGGCCACUGUCCAGUGUUACCGGUGACCCAAGCGCUCUCGCUGAUCUCAGAGCUGGAGCAGAAGAGGAUGGAAUCCUUUGAGAAGACAGUGCAGGACCUACAGCUUCAGGUGAAGGCGCUAAAGGAGAAGGGCAUGCAAGGGUGGACCUGGGAGCAGCACCUAAGGGCUUUUGCGGAGCAGGGAGAUCGUACGCAUUUGGCGGGGCUCCUUCACAAGAACCCGGUGUUUUCUACGGUGAAGGCUGAAGCUUUGCUUGGAGUUCCUGAAGAUAUUCCUCUCGGAAGCCGCGACGGUUGGAACUUGUUGAAGGGGAUGCCAUGGUCCCGGGCGAAGAGGAAGGCGAUGCACCAAAGUGAUGGAUGGGUGGUGCAUCUGUUUUCUGGGGAUGAAAGGGCAGAGCGGGGCAAGAGCCGUUUGGAGAUGAAGAAGAAUUUUUGGUCGGAUGCCCUCACCGGGAAUGAUGUCUUGGUGGAGGUUGAUGUUACUACGUCCAGGUCCCUUGACUUCUUGCAAAGGGAUGGAGUUUUCAGGGUGUUGGCCUGGGGAGCGUUGACGGGCCGCAUCAAGGUGAUUGUUGGAGGACCUCCGCGACAGACGUUUCCAACAACAGCGGAUGGCUUUGUGAAUGGGGCCCAGCAUCAGCGUGAAGUACAGUUGGUUGUUCGCAUGAUGACGUUGUACUAUCUUGCCCAGCAAGGGAGAACCUUAAGAUGGCACAAUGGGGGGCUGAAGUCUAUGGUGAAGCCUCAUGUGGGUUUUCUUUUGGAACACCCUUAUACCCGAGAAGGCGGGCUUGUGUCAUUAUUCCAGAUGCCGUUGUGGAAGAUGUUUGCGUUGGACAACAUGAUGGGGGAAGUGCCCUGCGUGGUGAAUGAACGGAAUGUGGUUUUGGGUCGCAACUUGAACCUUUGGCAUCUUCGUGAAGAACGCCUCGGACUCCGAGAAUCGGUGGAGCUGGGGUCUGUGUGGCCCUUUGAGCUCACCACCCAAGUGGCUGGAGCCAUUAGGUCGUGGGUUGGGCUUCGCAAUCAUGAGAGUUUAUUGGCCUCCUUGAUGAGAACUUCUUGGGUUCAAGACGGGGAAGCGGCCAACCUCAACAAGUUCAAUGCCCACGAUUGGAGGCUCCAUGUGCAGCGAGAUCAUCUUCCUUAUCGUCGAGAUUGCCGUGAAUGUAUCGAGCGAGCAAGCGGAAAACCGCAUAGGAAGGUGGGACACCCCACCCCUUGUACGCUCUCGAUAGACACAGCGGGGCCGUUCAGAACGAAGGGCGCGGGUGGCUACAAGUACCUACUGGUUGGUUGCUAUCGACACCCGAUCCUGAAGGGCACCUCUCCCGAAGAUGAAGGGAAGCCGCUUGUGAGCGCCGGAGAGAUCAACCCACACCCCGACGAUGGGCAGGACUGGAUCCUCGAAGAGGAGGAGGUUGAACCAGAGGACGUUGGUGGAGGGGUUGGCGACAUCGAUCCAGGAGAACCGACACGUGAAGAUGAAGGUGUUCCUGAUGAAGAAGUUGAGGCCCUAAGGGAGUUAGCGGAGCCGGUGAAGUUCGUGUCUAUCUAUUUGGCACGGCCGUUGCGGACGCGCAAGAAGGCGGAGGCUCUGAAGUCGAUCCAGGAGAUGUACAUACAGCUACGAAGCUCGGGUUUCCCUUUGAAUCGGCUUCAUAUGGAUCGGGCCAGGGAGUUCCAGUCCGGAGCUUUGGAGCAUUGGGCUGCAGCAAGGGAUAUUGAUCUUUCCAGGACCCAAGGGUCCGAUCCAGCCCAGAAUGGUACGGCUGAGAGAGCUGUUGGCUACCUCAAGAUGAGAAUGAGGAUUUUGCUCGCCCAGGCCAAGGAGUUGAGUGGCUUGGGGGACGAAGUGGUCAAGACUUUUUGGCCGAUGGCAGCGGACACAGCGGUGGCGCAGCAACAGUCAAUGGCUUUGGGUCGCAAGUUUCCUUCGGCAGCCAGGUUUGGUUCUCGGGUGUUUACCAAGCGCAAGGGCUACGGCACUGGAGGCUCCUUUGACCUGAAGUCCAAGUGGAUAGGUGGUGUUUAUUUGGGCCCAGCUCGUACCGUUCCAGGUGGACAUCUCGUGUACACCGAGGAGAACAACCUUUGGUUCACUACGAACAUUCGACAGUUCGAGGACCGUGGAGGCCUCGAGUCUACCGCUUCCAAAUCCGAACCUGAUCUACUACCAGCACGGCGAGUGAAAGGAAAAACUUCGGUAGUGGAACUUGCUAGUGGUUCAGGUUUGAUGCCAGGGCUGGUGCCUAGAGAUGAAGUUGAACCUCAUGAAGAAGAGCCAAUCGCGCAGGCGCUGGCCAGGUUGACUCAGACAGACGACUCUGAAUAUGAGGACGAUCUUUGGUCUUGGGUUUCGGACGAGCCGUACUUGUAUGGCUUGGAACUUGAUGAACUACCACCUGACUCUACCGCAACCUCUGGAGAACCUGCCGUAAGUGUGGCGCAGCAGUUCUUGGACGAGGAGAAGUUCACUAUGGAAGAUUGUUUGGCUGUUCUAGAAGCAGAACCUUUUCAGAAGCCACGGAAGCAGCGAACGAGGGCAUGGAGGGAGAAUGGUACCCCUCCGAUUCAUACUACGUUUGGGGCGUAUCAAAGAGGCCCCUUUGUUGGCCUUACCAAUGCCACCCGCAACCAUGAGGCCUUGACGCGAUACCUGGUGAAGUUUAUGAAGAAGCACAGCAACGAAGGGGCAAGGUUCACAUCCUUUACGGUCGCGAAGACCCUGUUUACAGAGGUACAUAGUGACAGGUUCAACAUGAGGAACUCCGUGAACUACGUUCUCACCUUGGGGGAUUUUCAGGGAGGUGGUGUUUGGCAGCAAGGAGAGUCUGAUGAGUAUCCAGUGGUGUCGGUGGAAGCACCUUCCGGGGAAAUCCUGAGUGGCUACGUGAUGCCGGUACAAAAUCGAGUUGUUCAAGUGAACCCGAAGAUGAUGCAUCGGACCAUGCCCUGGACCGGGGGACCGAAGUGGACUGUGAUUGCCCACACAAUUGGGGCUGUGAAGAAACUCACUGAGGGUGACUUGCUUGCCUUGGAGAAUUUGGGUUUUCCACUGGGACAGGAACCUGGGGUGAUGUACCUGUAG